UAACGUUAACGUUGGAAGUCACCCGUCAUUAAAUAAAUAAAGAAGAAGAAGAAUGUUAUUACAGCAAUAAGCUGUUUUACCUACUUCCAUGUCAAGUAGAUUAGACGAGUUUCUUGAGGUCGGCCAUGUUAAUUGUUUACGUUUGGUUUCUUGACUGUUCGAAAGCGCUGAGCUCGGAAUUCAGAAUUUUCAACUUGGACAUUUCCAAAGUGCCUCGAAUGCAGCAUAACGUUAGAAUGUUUGCCGAAAAAAGCUCACAGCAGUAUUUGUAAGGGCCCAAGUUGUUGUUUACUCAAUGUUGGUAGGGCCUUUGCAACCGUGUCAACGUUUUGAUAUUCAUUGAGUGCUAGAAAAUAUUACAUUUAUCUGGCUUUCGAAGUAAGACAUGAGGAAAUUCAGAAAAGUAUGGAUAGUAGAUUCUGUGUUUUGAACGGCACUGAAGACCUCCAAACGCGAAUUUCAAACUCGCAUAACAGUCUCCAUUUCGAAAGGUCUAAGACACUGUUUGAGGAAAUUCGUGCCUCCAUUAACAACAAUGAUGAAGAGGACCGUUCCUUCUGGAGGCCUGUGCUCCCUUGGGGUGGCGUGUUUACCAUCAAAGCAGGACGGAAAGCUAUAUCAUGCAUCCCUCUGUAUGUCAAAAUCAACCUAAAAAACACCUGCACCAUCGAUGGCUUUCUCGUGAUCCUGUAUGUGAUCCUACGGGACAAUCAAGGCUUUUCCAGAGAGCUAGCCGUCUUCCUGGGCAAGCAGUUUGUGGAGUACUUCCUCUACCUUAUGGACUCCUGUGAUUACACCACAGUCAAGAUGCUGUGGAUCUGGGACAGGAUGUCUAAGAGACAGUACCGCUCACAGAUCCACCAAGCAGCACUGGAAAUUGACCUGUUUGGCAAUGAGCAUGAAAACUUCACAGAGAACCUGGAGAACCUCAUGUCUACCAUGCAGGAGAGCCUGUGCACUAACUGGAACUGUCCAGCUCGCUUCCAGGAUUUCAUCAAGACCACGAUCAACAUCAGCCCUCCUCACGAGUUGCCUCACAAAGACCCCAUUCAGUCAGCUGUGGACGAGUUUUUCUGCCCCAAGAUCCUGCUCUGCUCAGAACUGGGGUGUGAUGGGCUAAGGGAGUUCUCUCAGAGGGUUUUCUGCCAUGGACCACCACCAUUUGUCAUUCUCAACAUGCAGCAGUGGAAGUCAGAAGAUUUGUCCUAUGUCCCUUACCACCUGGCCCUCUGCCAACACAGGUACUUACUAGAGGGCGCCACACUCUUCAACAAGGAGGAGCAUCACUACUCUGCAGCCUUCCAGAUAGACGGCUGCUGGAUGCACUACGAUGGUCUGAGGAGUGACAAUCUGAUCCUGUUACACAAGCCACCAGAACUCCUACUGCUGUCCUCUCUGGUGUAUGUCCGCACCUCCGACAAGUGAACCCUCUUUCUUUCACGUGGACAUGCAGACGAUGAGCAGUGGUUGCACCAAGCACAAGAGUGAGAGCAUCAAUCCACCAUUCCUGUGAUUAUUUUGUCUUGACCCCAUGGAUUGUGUUACGUCACUGUAAUCUCAUCUCUCUGCUUACUGCAUCAUCAGGAUUUUUAAUUCAUUCCUGUCAAUUGCUUCCUCUUCCAGCUAUAUGCCUGCACAAUGACACGUGCCAUUUCACCCGAAAGCUUAAUGUGCAAAAUUAAAAUGACUUCUUGUUUGGGCAUUCUUGGAAUCCAAGAUUAUAAUGGACUAUAAUAGUUCAGGGUUGAUGUGCAUACACAACAAUAGGCUAUGCACAGUGUGAAAUUUCCUGCUACACAGAGGAGACUGGUAUUAUUUUAAAACUAUGAUGUGAUUGUCAAAUCCAUGUUCUAUUAUGGACCCUUUGACAGGGGAGGGCAGUGACUAUAUCCCACAAUUCCAUCAUAUUUAGAGGUGUAGUUUUGUUAGUGUCUGUUUAAAUGUGUGCAUAUCAGCCCUUUCAUAAGAUGAAUCUGGUGCUUUUUUAUUUACACUGUGGUCUGAGUUUAAAAUUAGAAAGCAAGGUCAAGGUUCACGCCAGGUUAAUGUCUUGUUCUGUCUUAAGGUGUCUAAUUUGAAGGCAAACCUUUACUAGGAUGUGUGGGUUAAAAUAAAAGAUUUUUUUCCCCCCUUUGUUUCAACUCGGUACACACUCAAGUCUCCAACACAGGAAACAUAUAAUUUUAUAGUUUUAUGUU